AUGUCAGUUCGAACACAGAUCAGUAUUUUAAAAGAGGAGGGAUAUACCGAGAGAAGCAUUGCUAAACGUUUGUCUGUUUCUAAAACUGCAGUUCAUAACACAAUAACUCGAUUGCAGCAGACUGGCAGCUUAACUUCCCGAAAAAGAUCUGGUAGACCAAAAUGUACCUCUAUGCAGACUGACCGCUUGAUUCAUCGCACUUGUACUAAUUCUCCAAUGUCAUCAUCCACAGUAAUACAACACAACUUGCCAUCCUCUGUUACUGUUUCCUCAAGAACUAUCAGACAAAGACUAUUCUCUGAAUCCCAAGUACACCAAAUGCAAUGUUAA